AUGAAUAUAGAUCAACAAAUCGAAGCAGAUUUCAACAAUCCAAAGUUGGAUGUCGUACAAAUCGAUGGUAUCGUCGUCAUGAAGAUCAUCAAGAACUGCAAAGAGUACUUGCCAGAGUUGGUACCAGGACAGUUGUUGGGUAUCGAUAUUGGCACCAGCUUGGAGGUGAGCAGUUGCUUCCCAUUCCCAAACUUGCGUGACCAAGAGGACGAUCUCAACGAGGGUGGCAUCGCAGAGUAUCAGUUGGAGAUGAUGCGUUUCUUGCGUGAGGUCAAUAUCGAUUCAAACACAGUCGGUUGGUACACCCCAACCUACUUGAAUUCGUUCUUCAACGAAUCGGUCAUCGAAACACAAUACAAAUAUCAAUCGGCAAUCAACCAGAAGUGUGUGUUGCUCGUGUACGAUCCAAUCAAGACCGCACAAGGAACACUCUCGUUGCGUUGCUACCGAUUGACCACCACCUUUAUGGAGUUGUUCCGUAACCACCCGUACAGCCGUGAGCGUAUGGACAACGCUGCACUCUCGUUCGCCGACAUCUUUGAGCAGAUUCCCAUCCGUAUCCACAACGCACAGCUCAUCAACGCAUUGCUCUACGAGUUGCGUGACGAUUCCAUCUCGAAUUUCGACCGUUUGAACAUCGGUAACAAUCUUUACUUGGAGAAGGUCGUCGAGGGUAUGACCGACUGCGUCGACUCGCUCUCACAGGAGGUUAGCAAGGUUGCCAACUACCAACGUCAAUACCAACAACAACAGUUCAUUCGUAACUCUUUCAUUCAAAAGAAGACAUUGGAAGGACAAAAGGUCGAAGAAGAAGAGAUUGCCGCUCACGUCGCUUCCAUGGUCAACAAACCAUUGCACGCACCAUCAAAGGUCACCAGUUUAUUGCUCACCAACCAAAUCAACAACUAUUGCGAUCAACUUUCAUCAUUUUGUGGAGGUAGUCUGACAAAAUUAUCUCUCUACAGAGAAUUGACAAACAAAUAA